AUGCAAGAAGAGAAGAAAGUGAUGAAACUCGUGGGUGGUACUGUGGUGGGGUUGCUCGUGCCUAGUAAAGGAACAUAUAAACUACUGGCGUCCGCUGCUUCAGCACAUAAUCUGGAGAGUCAGCAGCCACGGGAGAUGAGCGAUUUUUCCUUUUACAAGACUGUGAACACGACGGACAAAAGCUUACAUAGCACAUACAGAAGAGGGAAAAGGAGUGCAGAAGCAACGAAGCUGAAAUCUCUGCAGUUUCUGUCUUUUUCCGAGUUUCCUGGGCCUCUAUCCGCGAAGGCGCUGAGUAGCCCUCAACGAUCUCUGCUAAUAGAUAUUUGGGGUCAUCUCUUCAGGCGCUGCUUUGAUGACUCCGUGAAAAUAACAGCAGAAAAUGUUAAUGAUGAAGUCCCCAAGCUUUUCAAAGAAAUCGGCUACCCUUUCCCUAUAAGCAAGAGUGCUAUGCUAGCCCCAGGGACGGGGCAUCAAUGGCCGCAUCAUUUGGCGGCAUUGAGUUGGUUAUGCGAACUGCUUAUUUAUGAAAAUGAAUUCUUCUUUCAAGAAGAAGAAGCAGCAGAUAUGCAGGCUGCUAGGGGGGAUGUCGUAGGAAGAAUGUUCGCUGCUGCCUAUCCACAACUGGGAAAGGACCCUCAAGCCUUGAGGGCUGCUGUAUUGGGCCAGCUGCAUGGGAUGAACAGGGAAGCCGAAGCAACGCAGCAGCAACUGCAGCAACAGCUGCAGCAGCGGCAGCAGCAGCUCGCUGCAGUAGAAGCAGAGCUCCGCGAUAACGCCUCGCUUAUGGAGAGCCUUGCUGCAGCAACAGAAGCAGAGCGCGAUUCUCUGCUGCUGCAGCAGAAGGCAGCAACGGAAGAAGUGCAGCAGUUAGGGGAACGUAUAAAAGCUCAAGGGAUCGACAAGGCGGAGGUGGAAAGAAUUCGUCACGAUGUCUCGCGUCUACGCGAAGGGCUGUCUCAUCGUUCAAGGGAGGUUGAGUCGCUGAGUGAGGGGCUGCAAGUACUAAUUGAUAAGGUUGCAGACGACUCGGAGAAGCUGCGGAUCGCUGGCCAGUCGGUGAACGAGUGUCUCAGCAGCAUGUCUCAGUUGGCUGUCUCUGCGAAGCUUCCAACAGCUGAGGAUUGGAGUGCACUGCCUAAGAUGGAGACUGCUGUUGCUGCUGCUCCUGCUGCUGCUGCUGCUUGCGACAUAAAGAGGGCAACGAACGAAAUUCUGGGGCUUGAUUGGCAGGAACUGAAGAAAGGAAUGCAGAAGAUAAUGCAGCAGGAGGUCACGGCGAAGGAGGAGACGCACCAGCAACGGCAACGAGGCAUAAGAGAAAUAGAGAAGACGAAGAAAGCUAUAAAGGACCUCCUGGCGAAUCGAAAGACGCUUGAGAAGCGCAUGCAAUUGGUGCAAGAUGAUCUGCAGCAGCUGCAGCAGCAACAGCAAGCUGAGCAGCAGCAACUCGUGGAGGCAGAGAGGCAGCACCUUGAGGGAGUGCGGGAGACAAAGCAGCAGUACCAGCAGCAGCAGCAGCAGCUGCAGCGUCUGGUGCAGCAGCAACAGCAGCUUCUGGAGCAAGAAGAACGGCAACAGCAGCAGCAAGCGGCGGCGGCUAUGGAGGCGCUGCAGCAGCAGCAGCAGCAGGCCCUGCAGCAGAAGGAAUUGCUGCUGCUACAGCUGCGCUCUCUAACAGCAACAAAGACGGCAGAGUGUGCCGCUCUGGAGCAGCAGCUCUCCGAGUUAACUGAAGCCCUUGGCCACCCCUCUUUAGAAGACAAGUCCUCUCUUUAG